AUGGUGCCAACCCUUCAUUUUCACCUUCCUUCCGCUCUUACUCUUUACACAGAGUAGUGGUUUGUCUCGUCUUUGGAAUCAGCUCAGUUGAACAUGACAAGUGCUCAGAUGAGUGCUAAUGAUGAGAUGGUUCAGCAGUUCCUGGAUAGUGCAUCCAGGGGUGACAUAGUGAGAGUUUCUGCUAUGAUUUCUCACUCCAGUCAUCUGCUCAAUGAAAGUGGGAAACAAGGCUGGACAGCUUUAAUGUUAGCUGCAAGAAAUGGACACUUUGAUGUGGUAAAAUUAUUACUUUCAAAGGGGAGUAAUAAAGAUUUGAUGAACAAGUCAGGCCAAACUGCUCAUGAUAUAGCAAAAUUUUGGGGUCACAAACACAUUGCCAGUUUGUUGGUUAGUGGUGGGGACAGCAGCCUUAAUGAACUUCUACCUCACACUGGAGCUAUGGAUCAUGAGAAUUACUUCAAUAGAGAGUAUCUCGACAGAAGGAGUGAUAAAAGGACAGACUCAGGAUGGCUUGCAGCUAAACAGAUCUCUCCAAAGACUGUGUUUCUUCUGUUUCAUAAUUUAGAGCCUCUUGUUACAUCAGGGCCAGAAGAAGUGAACAAUAGUAAGCCUAAGUUAAAAUUGUGCAGGCUCAGAAGAGACUCUGUGGAUGAACUAAUCAAAAAGAGUGACACAGUAGUUGUUUUUCUGGGAGUUGAGAAGCAAAAACGUUCACCUUCUACACUGCUGUCAGAAGAGGAGGAUGGACUUAUUGCAUGGUUUGCUCUGAAUACCCAGGACAAUCCCACAGAAAGCCUCAGGUCCACAGAUUCAAACAGAUUCUUCCUUAAGGGGACAAUGCCAGGACUUUUAUUACUAAAUGAAGAUGAAGCAGGUGUAAUUGCACAGGCCAGAUCUGUUCUUGCGUGGCACAGCCGAUACAGUUUUUGUCCAACAUGUGGAGGCCAGACCAAAGUGGAUGAAGGAGGUUACAAGAGAACCUGCUUGUCAGAGGGCUGCAAGAGUCUUCAGGGAAUCCACAGUACAUGUUAUCCUAGAGUUGAUCCUGUUGUGAUCAUGCUGGUCAUUCACCCAGAUGGGAAUCAGUGCUUACUAGGGAGAAAGAAGACUUUUCCUCCAGGGAUGUUCUCCUGCCUUGCUGGAUUCAUUGAACCAGGUGAGACCAUUGAGAAUGCAGUUAGAAGGGAGGUUCUGGAAGAGAGUGGUGUUACUGUCGGCCCUGUUCAGUAUGUGUCCUGCCAGCCUUGGCCGAUGCCAUCCUCGCUAAUGAUUGGUUGCUUGUCAGUAGCAGUGUCUACAGACAUCAAGGUUGAUAAAAAUGAAAUUGAAGAGGCUUGCUGGUUCACAAGACAACAGGUCAUAGAUGCUAUUGCAAAGAGCGACCAAGCAGUUUUCACCAUGCCUCCAAGACAAGCUAUUGCGCAUUACCUAGUAAAACACUGGAUUGGCGUUAACUCAAACCUUUGAGCUGAAUGUUAAAUUGUCAUCAUGAAUUGACAAAAAUUGUAAAAAUGCUUUGAAAAUAGAAACAGACACAGUUAUGAUUUAUAAUACUUCUGUAUGUGUGGCUGACUUACCACUUCAUGCUAGAGAAGUUUAUUCAAAAAAGAGAUUUGUGUAACAUUUGCUUAAUGAAGCAGUUGUUUUAUUUCAGUUGUUUUCAUCUCUGAAUAUUUCUGUUUCUUAAUUGGGAAAACAUGCUGAUCAUAAUCUGUAUCCUGUAUAUUGCAUGAAAAUCAUGCAAUGAAUUCAGUUCUAGUCUUCAGCUGGAGAACAUGAAACAAAGUAUGAACUGCACUACAGAUUUGAUUUCACUUGUUAAUUGACAAGAUCAGUAAAAUGGGGUUAUUGUGAACCAGUUUCCACAUGCUGUGGUUUUUUAUGAAAUUAAGAGUGCCUUUGACCUAUCUAGUAACACUGUGGGGAGAACAUUAAGACAGGCUACACAAAUGUUGAUAUGUUGACACUCCAUUCUCGUUUUGACUAGUCCAGUGAGGAUGUGGGUGUUACAUUGAGUCAAAAGUUGAAGAUGUGUUAGAGAUGCAACUGACGAGUUGAAAUGCCGAUUUCAAUGAUCAGAAAAAUGAUACAUGUUGGAUUGAUUGACCCAGUAAAUUUAAUUUAUAGUUUUACUUGCAGUUUUCAAUUUGGGAGCAUGAAACAAAUUGUUGAGUGUGGACAGCACUGCACUCUGCAGUGAAAUAUGCAUAAUAUACGUUAAAUAUUUUUGGUUUUGAUUUCACUUGAUAAUUGUAAAGAUUAAUAAAAUAGGAUUUUAUUGUGA